AUGAAAUAUGAUAAGUCUGUACUGAAUCCCACGCUACCUAUAAGCGGCGAUAAUCAUAUCCUCUCGAAAAGCGAGAAGGGUUACCACAUAAUUCCUAUUGAGAUUGCGACUCCAUACUCUUGUAACCCGGUGUUUGGCGAUUCUACGUCCUCAAACGAAGAGUACAGCAUUCUACAGGACCUGUCAGACCGCCAAAUUAUGUCUGAAGAUUAUAAAUAUCGACCCCAGAUGGCUUUCUCUAACACAAGCAAAGGGGAACUCAACAAAGAAAUACCAAAGUCCGCACAUUAUAUGGCCACCAAGUAG